CAAGGAUCUAUGUCAUACUUUAUUGUAUUACAUUAACAUACCUUUUGACGUUUUUCAAAGUUAGGUAUAAGCUGAUUUACCUCAAUAAUUCAACAUUUUACACAGUUAAAAUUUGAUUUAAACUGUGAUGAAUAUAAACCCGGUAGUUUUGUAUAAAUAUGGACGUUUUGGUAAAGAUGAUAAGUUUUGGAUUAAUUAUUUCUCGUUUGGAAGGUUUAGUCAUUCUGAAUGUUCCAAGUGCCGGGAAGUGCGGAAAUAAGACAGUUCUUAGAUGUGAUGUAGAUUCCGAAAUUGAAUCUACAGCCUGGUAUAAGUCAACCGAUGCCUUCAUAAUAAAUGGCACUGCUGUGAAACCAGAAGACCGGAACAAGUAUAAAGAAACAAGGGGUACUUUGUCGUUCAAUCUGACCAUACAUAACACAAGAAUAUCAGAUGAGGGAUAUUACAGAUGUGGAAACAAUUUUUAUCUGAGUUCGUCUGUUCAUCUCAAGAUAGAAUGUCAAGCUUCAGCCUCUGUACUGACUGUGACAAAUGAAAAGAAAGUGGUCAUCACCGUAGAUAAACUUUAUCCAGCAUCGCCUACACGUACUGUCUCAUUUAAAAAAGAGAAUUACAACACCUUUAUACCAGGAACUUGGAAUUGUUCCAGCAGUACAAAAUACCAAGGUUACUAUAGAUGUGUAUGGACUUCAAGUAACUCUCUAGCUGAUGGUUCCUAUUACUACAGUCUUCUCGUAACGACUAUAACACAAGCUGAUCCACUGACAGGAUCUUUUAACAUAGUUUCUCCACAGACACCUACAAUAUCGAACGUUGUAAAACUAAAUGAUAAUCGAGAAGUUAUUUACGGUAAUGAAGGACAGUCCUUGACAAUACAGUGCACAUCAGUGGGAGGAUAUCCAUCACCAACUGUUGUCUGGUACAGUAACAGUAUAUCCAGCUCUAUCCAAAUUGCAUCUACAAGUACCGGUACCUUUUUGGGCAAUGGUACAUACAAUGUCACGCUACAAUAUAAAUUCACACCUUCAACGUCAGAUGACAGGAAUACAUUGAUCUGUAGAUCGUACUACCCACAAGCCGAUACUGCCCAUAGGGGAUCAAAUAAUAAAUCAGUCAUACUGUAUCUUAGACUAAGACCUAGUCGGCCUGUAGCAGCCCAGGCAAAAUUAGUGUCUACUGGAGAUACUGUAGAGGUCAGCUGUAAUACGACUGGUUGUAGACCUGCUGCCAAUAUGUCCUGGUCAUACCAGGGAUCAACAACUACAGGUGAAGUGACAUCCACCAUUGAUGCGACUUCAGAAACAUAUACAGUCGUGUCAUUAUUUAGAAGACAGGUGACUGCUGCAGAUAAUGGACAUACUGUACAAUGCAUAGUUACUCAUCCAGCCUUGAUCAGUCCAUCAGAGAAAACAACAUCAGUUAAACUAAAUGUUAACUUUUCAGUUAGACCCUCUUCAACACGUAUCACUGGCAACAAAGAAAUAAUUGCUACAGGACAAACAGCAUUAACACUGACAUGUACAACAGGAUCAUCUAACCCAGCCUCUGAUAUUAGAUGGAAAAAUGGUUCUGUAACAUUAACUAGUAAUCGUCCAUACACGGAAACUACUGGAGACAAUAAUGGAUUGGUGAGAUCACAGCAACUGAUACUGUAUCCAACACGGUAUAUGGACGGUGAUGUUAUUAUAUGUUCAGUGUCUAAUAUAGUGUCACAGUCUGAUGUAACGCUUACAACUACACUCAACUUAAAAUAUCGUCCAUUGAUCGAGCCCAUGCCAGAGGUUAUCUCUGUAGAAGGAAACAACAGUAUACUUACAUGUGUUGCUUCCAGUAAACCAGUAUCUACAUUCCAAUGGUACAGAGAAGGACAGAGUGGUAUUCUCAGUCAAGGAACUGGAACACUUGCCAGUAACAAAUUGACAUACACAAUAAGAAACGUGCGGAGAACAGCUGCUGCAACAUACAGAUGUAAUGCUAACAAUGGUAUUGAAACGGCAGAUAAUGAAAACGUUCUUCUUACUGUAUAUUAUCCCCCAGUUGUCACUGCAGUAACAACAAACACAACUAUAGAAGCUACGACUGCCUUGAUAAAAUGUAAUGCUAAAGGUGUACCGAACAGUAACUAUAGAUAUGGUAAAUGGAUUCAGACUUGGCCUGGUUAUAAUAUUCCAGUAUCAGAGAAACCCGGAAAUGAGAGGCUAACAUUAACAGAUUUGACCUAUGAGCACUCAGGUGUAUACACGUGUUCAGCAAGUAAUGGAAUAAAAGUCUUUGGUACACAAAAGGAAUUCAUGGAAGGAUCAGUUUAUCUAUUGGUAAAAUCAUACCCAAUAAUAACUCAGUUUAGUGAGAUCACUCCAGUCAGAUUAAAAGAAAAUGCCACUUUUGAAGUUUACUAUUACUCCAAUGUAGCCAGAUCUGAAGUAAAAGUCUUCAGGAAUGUGAAUGGAUCCAGAAAAGCAGGAGUUAUCUAUACUGUAACAGAGAGCCAUGCGGUGGUUGAUUUACUGGUAUUUUCACAUACCAUCAGAACAGGUGGAACUAGAGCUCGAAUCUUCAUGAAGAUAAAGUCAAAGGAUGACUUUGGUUUUUAUGACGUUGUUGUGUCAAACGAAAUAGAUUCUAACAGUCGAACAUUUGAAACUGUUCCGAAAGGUCCUCCAAGUGAUCCAUUUGAUAUCAAGGUAGACAAUAUCCAACAAAACACAGCACGUGUGUCCUGGAUACCUGGUUUCCAUGGAGGGUUUGCUCAGACAUUUUUGAUACAGCUCAGUACUGAUAGGAAACACUGGAGAAAUGAGGAAACAGUUUACGGUGGGACGGACGAAAGUGAGGAACCGAUGUAUAAAGUGUUAAUUAAUCUUCAGGAGUCAACAAUAUAUUAUGUACGGAUGUAUGCCUUUAACAGUGAAGGAAAUAGUCCUUUCUCUGAAAUCCAUAAUUUCACUACUCUUAUUAUUAGAGAAGUUCAAGGUAACAGUGCAGCAGUGACAGCAGGUGCUGUAGGCGGAGCCAUUUCUGUGAUCGUUAUAGCGGUGAUAGUAGUCAUAGUAGUCCUUGUCCGAAGAGAAAUUAUCACAAAAGACAGCAUCCGAAGCAGGUAUCAGACAGCAACAAGCUGUUUUGGGGAAAAGCAGAAGAAGGAGGCUGAGGUGGAAAUCGAUGGUCAAAUUAACACUAUAAGGAUGUAUGAACAUCUGAAACAUACCACAGACAGCGGACAAACAAAUGUGUAUGAUGCUCUGCAGUUGGAUCGUGAAGUCACAGACACCAGCAAGGUCCAGUAUGAAAACCUCCCAAAGAAAAAGUCUAAGUCUCCUAUAUACAUGAAUAUUUCAGCAGGUAAACAGAACAGAAAAGUUAACCAGACAUACGAAAACUUGAAACUGCCAUCCAACAUGACAGAUGGAAAAUAGAUAAAUUCACAAUAUUUUUAUACCGAAGUUAGUUGAUGACAGUCGCACCAGCUUGAUUAGACAAGUGAUGAAAGCGAAUGCAGUUAUUGUAUUUCAAUUACUUGAAACUUCAUUAAGUAAAAAUAUAUUUCUUACCUGGUGCAUAUACUUUUGUGGAAAUAGACUUUAUUAGGGGAUAACAGGCAUUGGCAAUGCUUGGACAACGUUUGAUUGAUUUCAUUGUGAGAAUAGAUUCGACUUCUUUGUUGAAAGUAGAAUAGUGCAAUUAUUCUAUUAUUUAUUGAAUAUCAUGAUGUCUGUUUGACAGUUUAAAAAAAUACAUUAAACAGCGAUAAACUAUACGUUGCAAUCGAUGUUGAAACUGCACACGAUUCCAGUGUAAUAUGUUUUCGGAGGAUACGCGUUCGACUGAUCCCGUUUGUUUACACUACCACAUCUGUUUUUUCCGACUUUUGCCUGGGUGCUUUCCUAACUUCCUAUGCUAGAAAUUUCUAACAUAUUUCGUAUUUGUAGCUUUAUAAGAAUGCAACAUUUGAUGUCUGAAUAAUUUCUAUUCAGACGUGUACUACAUGUUUGUACAAAAUGUGAUUUAACCAAAGAAGUUUAAAUUGUUUUACAGCUCUUUGAUUUAACAAAUUAUGUAUGAAAAUUUUAUCGAAUAUUUUAGAAGAGAUUUUAAAUAUGUUUUCAGUAUUUAACAACUACAGAGAAGUACCGUAUUUUUAAUGUAAUAGAUCAAUUUAAGUUUAACUUCAGUAACAAUUAUAUGCUAAAUAAACAUAUAUAAAUAUGUCCUUCAUUUCGUUAAAUGUGUCUCAGACAGCCAAUCCCGUACUGUAUCUGUGAUACACCAAAUAAUGUACGCGUACUGCUAUACACCAAGUAAAAACAAUAACCUGUUUUAUAUACACUGCAGAUUUUCUGCAGCAUCGUGUUUGUUAUGCAUGCAAUAUAGCAUUACAGAUGAGUUCGAGAAAAUGACAAAAUACUGUACAUUGAUGUAAAAAUCUGCACGUAACAGUUCUGGUUAAUUUUCUAUGAAGAAAAAAUACUUAAAAUAAUUCUCUUCGUAAGGAAACUUUGAUAAUAUUCCUUGCUUUUAAAAAAUUCUACUUGCAAAAAAGAUAUAAUUGCAUAAGUAAUAAUUUACUUAACAACCUAAUGCGUUCUAUAGAACUCGCGCCUACGUAUAAGGUCAUUAUCAACAUCAAACAAAAUUGACGAAAAUCAAUAAAAGGUGAUACCGGUAUAUGAAUCAAUUUUUAUUAUGGUAACUAGUCAGUAAUUUUUCCAUAAUUCCUCCAGGAGUUGUAGUCCUAAUUCUUAUAUUCUGUGAAUUACAUCAUACGCUGUAUUGUCGUCCUGUGUACGUUUGUGAAGACUUGUGUAUUGUUCUUCAGAACUGCCUUUGUCUGCUUUAAAAGUAUCAGUAUUGUUGCUGCUACUUGUACAGUCCUGGUUGCCAAUGGAAUCCGAUUUGAAUCCCAUAUUCACGUAAGUGCUGCAAUUGAUAAAUAAUGAUUCUCUUAAAGCUAACAAACAAUAAGUUUGCAUAAAGAUAUCAUGAUAUUUUCAGUUUUUUACCUUGACACAUUUUCAUAAGCAGAUUCUUAAGAACGUUUGAAUGAAUAUCACACUUGUCAAGCAUAAUAUGUAUGUAUAAGAACGGCUCUUUGUUUUUGCAUCUUUGUAAUACAAUUUCUUACUUUUUAUUGCGCACCAUACUGUCACGUAUUAUAUUGUCAAUUUAAGAGGAGAAUUUAUUUGUAAAGAAAAUGAUAUACACAUAAGAGGCACACUCAAAAACAUUAAAAUGCAUUAUCCUUAAUAUUUUUAGUGCAGCUUGUAGGCAACUAUUUUGAUAUGCUUUCAUUGAUUUGUUUUAAGUGGUGCACUGAUAUGUGGCACUUGAAGCUUGGCCAUUGUCACUUGUGUACACUGAGCUUGUUUAUACAGGGUACAUUAUUAUUCACCGAUGUUAAUUACAAACUUAUGAACCAUCAUUUCUUCUCAAUUUCCAGACUUUUAUUAUAUAGAUUGACAUAUGUUUCAACUUUAUUCUUAUCAAAAGCAGGAACGUAUCUCAAAACUGAAUCUUCUGUUGAAGCGAUAUUACGCCUCAAAAACAAUCAACAUUCCGUGGGAUUCCCCGAAAGCAUACAGAAAGGGUAUCUUGUGUGACAUAAAUAUUUCGAAGUUUCAUCAACGUAAUCGCAUUUUUUGUCAAUUUAUUCUUCAUUUGAUUUGAUUUUUCUGACCGACGAUAAAAUAUCUAUUUACCUGAAAGAUGUAAUUUGAAUACACGAAAGCAUCAAAGGAUAUAGGCAAACAAGUAUUUAUACCCGUUUAUAUUAUGUAAAAUAUAAUAUUUACAUACGUUAGGACAAAUUUUCAAUAAUAAGAUGAGACGUUUUUAAAUUUCUUGAAUCUAUUCACUCUGUUCUUUCUAAAAACACUGUAACUUACGUUUGGGUAGUCGAUCUGUUCCGCUGACCGGCUCCUGAAAUAUGCAAACAUUAGAUGCCUAAUUCAUUGUUUAAUCACGCCAAAGCCAAACAGGAAGGCAACCCAAACGAUAAUGAACUAUUCAAAGUUAUUGUUCUGAUUUUGACACAGGUUGAUGCUCUUGAACUUAAAAUGUCUUUCGAAGUAAAAAUUGUCAUUUACAUAUUCAUGUGUUGACAAGUAUUUAAGGGUAGCAAAAUGAAACAAAACGCUUAACACCGUCAUUAUCAUAAAUUAUUACAUGGCACCCUAAAUAAAUCGCCGGUCUAUAGUUUGUGCUAUUGCCCGGUCUAUUGUUCAAUAGCAAAUUGUGUUGGUCUAAAGUCAAAACGUGAAAAAGAAAAAUAAUUAUAUGAAAAUUCAGUUCUGAUGUCAUGUAAUAAAACACUGAUUGUUUUGACUCUUGACAGGCAAGUCAUUCAAUAAGUGUAUAAUAUAGUCCGUGUAACAGUAAUUUACCGACUAUAAUAUAUCUAUAGCUAUCACAGUAGGUCAUUUUUAAUUUCAUUUGUAUAAAAAAAAUAAAAGAAAAAACAUACCAUAAAUAGUUGGUUCUUUUUACACAACUGUAUAUUUAUUAUAAAAUUCAGCUGGUAAAUAAUUCAUUCAAAGAUUCGUAGCCACAAUUUUUGUUAUUUUAUUACGUUAUGUUUAAUAGUUUUUAAAUGUACCUUUGUCUAUCGAUUUCCGUUUCAGUAAGAUAGUAACAUAGAUUGCAUAAACAACAACUACUGUACUAAUUAUACCAAGUGUAACUCCUACAAUCAUCGCAGUGUUGUCAGGCUCUACGUUAUUGUUUCCUGUAUAAAUAGAGCAAGCACAUUUUAAUAAACGUUUUAUAAAGUA